AUGCGACUCUUCUGGCCAAUCAGAGACCGGGCCCUGUCCUCGGACAGCGAGGCCUCCACGGCCAGCCAAUCAAGUCUCGGCAGCGACGCGUCUUUCUAUAGCGCAGCUGACGAGGCCGAUCUGGCGGCCCCCGAUUGGUCCGACUUUCGGCCAAUCAGCGACGACGAGGGGGCAGGGGUUUACACUUUUGCCCCCGUUUCGGCUUCAACUUCAGGCCAAAAUGGCGAUUUGGACCCUCCACGCGCCGUGCCACUGCUCGCCCGAUUGGCCAAAAUGGCGAUUUGGGACCCUCCACGCGCCGUGCCACUGCUCGGACCGGCGGCGAUUCAGCAGGUGCAACUUCGGGCACGUGUGCAACACAUGCAGCGCCCAUUGCACGCCAAGCGGCAUCGCGGGACGACGCCUCGGCCGCCCAAGCGCAGCCCCGCCCUUCCAGCACGACCUCGCGCCGUUUGGCGGAUCACCAUCAAGACGUGCGAGAGCCAGGCGGGGUCGGGCAAAAUAUCC